AUGACGACUCCAGCGUAUGAGGCGACACCAACAACAAACGGAAAUGGCCAUAUAGACGCAGAUGAAGAUAUUACCAUGGACACAGGAGAGGAAGUAGCCACAAACGCAAACACCAAUAUGGAAAUAGAUGCACACGUCCCGAUCCAAUCUCUUUACCACCGCUCUUCAACCCUUAUGGCAGAGGUCUGGAAACGUGUCUGCACUGCGUAUUCCCGUGUUCCUGGGGUGCACAUUUUCUCCCUUGAAGAUCCGCAUGAUGGCGGUUAUGGCUGGUACUUCAGAAACGCAAACGCAACAACCCCUUCGUUUGACGCUCACAACCCGUCCACGUACCUCAUCGACAGCGGCUUAUGGACUGCAUGUCAACAGUCACGCAACAUCAUGCGCGAUGCAUAUGGUUUUGACAGUUGGGACCGCAUUCUUGCAGCACAUCCUGACUUAUUCUAUGACGAGCUGAAGAAACAAAGUUUGAUGGAUCUACCAGCGUGUCUCUAUUUCAAAGACUUGGGAAAAGACCGUUACUUUGGCCUCUUCCCAAACAAGGACUUGAUCUUUUUGCAGUCGACAAAGAUAUAG